AUGUCUGGCAGACACGGAGGUGGAUACCGCCCUGGCGGAGGUGGUCAAGGCGGAGCUCAGCAAGGACCCCGUCACGGCGGAGGCUACAAACCUGGACAGCAGAAUGUCACGACCUACUCCACCUCGAGAGGACUGGACGACUUCUCCCCCGCACCAUCUACGUACCAGAUCCAGCACGGCGAGCCGCAGAUUCUGCAGGCUUCGAAGACGGAAAGCGGCUACGGCCAGCCACCCAAGUCUGAAUCUCUGAUGAAGGCCGACGAGGACAGCCGGGUUGAGCAGCAAAACAUUGCUAACAGUCUACAGGUGAAGCGCCCAACCAAACUCGGCAACUACAGCAACCUUCGCCAUCCGCAGAACGCCUGGCGUUGGGAGUAUCCGAAUGCUCACCUCAAAGCGACCCUCGAGUACGCCACGGAUGAGAAACGUCGCCAUCAAGACAUGCUCGGUCGAGAAUGGGAGGGAGUACCAGACGAUAGAUACCUGUCGCCGUGGGACGGCAAGGUCAAGCCUCUUGUCGUUCAAGCCACGGAUGACCUCUACAACGACGCCAACAGCUCGACGUAUAGCCGCACCUUCGUUCGUAAUGUCAGCCCGUGGAUGCUACGAAUUGCUACUUGGCCAUCCAGCCAUCUCGAUUACAUCCACGGUCAGACUUACUCUGGCGACUACUGGACUGCUUUCGCCAAGUGGAUUCCUUCAACUAUCGCGUUGAGUGUGAUGCUUCUCUUUCCAGGUGAUGUGAGUGGACAAGAGCGAAACGGCGGCUGCUACGAUGUCUUCCCGUACAAGAGCUACACCUAUCCAAAGGCUGCUCGCAACCAGUUCGAGGACGAUCGUCAAACCUCCAUCGCACGACAGCUCAAAGAUGGACCUGGUCUGGAAGGCAAGCGAGCAUUGAGACCAAGAUAUCUGUGUGUCCUCACAGACGACGACACAGUGGAUGUCAUCUUUGUCGAUGGCUGGACCGACAAACAUCCCGGGCAACACCUUGAGUAUGUUUUCAUCGCGUACACCGCCGCCCAAUUCUCGCAUGACUCCCACGAAGACAUGGAGGCUUUGCAUGACAUUGCCAAAAGAGCAACCAAAGACGCCGGUGUCACCGCGUAUUGGGUUGGCUCGUCUUGUAUGCCCGACGAUGACCAGCUGGAGCAAGACGUCUAUAAGAUAUCCGAUGUUAUUCGCGGCGCCCACUCUCUGGUCAUCGCUGUUGGACCAAGCCACUGCGCCGAAAGCCUGACGAUGGACCUGCAAGUCCGAGAAUGGGGAAUGAGGAUGUGGACAUACCCUGAGGUAUUGCUCAGUCCCGGAGACUCAAUCAAGAUCUUUCCGCGCAACGGCAAAGAUACGAUGAUCAUGCCCAAACGCAACUUCGCCGCCAAUGUAUGGACCGAUGCAGCUGUAUCUCGCCAGCUCACGGAUCACUAUGAGGGCAGUCUGACCCUUAGUCGACUGGAGUUGGUGACCCUCGCAUUGCAGUGCCUCCACAAUCGAGUCACUGCAUCGGAAUAUCUCCCUGGAGAUCAAUCCUACGCUCUGAUGGGUCUGCUCAGACUUCGACCAAAUGUCGACUCGACCGACAGCGCCUUCCAAGCUUUCGCUAGGUUGUCUCUGGCCAAUGACAGCGACAUGCUAUUGGAGCGCCUCAUCUCCACUCUUCCUAAGAAUCCGAACCAGCACUGGAGCUGCAUGGAUGACGCCUUCGGUGCAAAGCUGUGGGAUAUAUAUCCAACUUGCCAGAUUGCAGGCAUCGGUCAAGAUGAUACUGUCAUCGUAGACGGUCUGCGAGGCGCCAACGUUCGCUGGAAGUCCUUCGAGACGGUGAAGAACCUGACCUCGACAAGCUGGAAGCGGCUGUUCGUGCUGCUUCUGGAACACUUCUCGCCAAUUGCCUUGUAUACCGCCAUCAUUCUACUGGGUGUUGCCUCUUCAACUAAGAACGUUAUCAUCACCGGGAUCGGCGUCGUUCUGCUCAUAUACUCCCUGGUUGCCGUCCUGGGAGCGCCAUAUUUUGUCAAGAUCCUGUACGGAGGAAAGUUCUGGCAGACUCAGCCCUGGCUCUUUGGUUUUGAAGGUCACCUCGACAUUGCGACGGUCGAACAGCAGAUAUUCGGCACAAAGCUGGGACGCCUGGCUUGGUCUCCAUAUUCGUCACCACUCUCACGCCACCAGGCCAACAAGCAUGGAGAGUGCAUCGGCAUCGACCCCACGACCGAUCCCGAUGUCGUCGCGAUGGUCGAACAAGCCAGGCACGCUCGACCUGGAGACCAACGAAUCUUCACUAUCGUGGAUACCGGAAACAUGGAAGUUACGAUGUUUUCCGCCCAGCGACCACCCGUGGCGUUCCUCUUGGCUGGAGACGAGGGAGGCAUGCAGCGAGCCAUUGGCGUGAGCUAUGAGUGGGAGACGGCCACUUGCUAUCGCGAGACCGUGAUGCGCUUGCCUACUCCGACCAAGGCCCAGAUGAGCCGUGUGAACCGGGUUCGAUUCGGGUUGAAAAGGAGAAUGUUCCCAGUGAGGGCAGUAGGAGGCCGAGAGAGUGUGUGA